CCCCCCCCCCCCCUCUCUCUCUGUCCCUGGGCGAGGAAUCCAAAAUCCAAAUUUUGACGCAUUCCGUCCCCGUCCCAACGUUUGCAACCCAGCGCGGGCUGGCUCGGAACCUACCCAAAUCCGGGCGCCAAUUGAUCCCAAGUCCAACCAACCCAGAACAAAUUCCCCCUUCUCUCCCUGUCCCGUACGUACCGCGGAGGUUUCGGCGGCCGGCGGCGAGGAGCCUCGUGAUUUUGGUCCGGAGAUCGAGGUUGUAACGGCGCCCAAUCUGGUCCUCGGGCGCGUCCGCGCCCCGCCGUGGGCUGGAUUGGGAAGGAUGCAUCUUCUUCUUCUUGUCUGUCUUCUUCUUUGAGAAGAAAGGAGGAUUCUUGGGAGCGGUUGCUGGAGGAGUUUGCAGCGCUGGGUUGGUGGACAGGUAUCCACAACUCACAGUGCUGAAGAGUGAGUGGGAAAAGACUACAUGAACUCAAGAAGACAGGAACCAAUGGAAACAAAGGCAUAAAGCAACCGAGGUACCUGUACCAAGGUGUGUAUGUGUCAGUGUGUGGAAUCCUACUAGAGUGGUAAGGGGCAGCUUGUUACUGAAGCCAUACAGAGAAGGGAGCAGAGAUGGCUAAGAAGAGGCUGAAGAAAUUGCAUGCCAAGGAUGCCCUGGAGUUUUUUAACCAUGUCAUGGUGGAGCAGCCCUUGCUCCCAUUCCUGAUCCCGCUUGGCCUGUUUGCGUGGUUUCUCGAACGGUGGGUUGUGCCAUUCUCCAACUGGGUUCCCCUUGCAGCUGCCGUUUGGGCAACGAUUCAGUAUGGGAGGUUUAAAAGGAAGAUAGCUAUAGAAGAUUUGAACAAAAGAUGGAAGCACCUUAUACUGAACACGGCACCUACCACACCAAUAGAGCCUUGCGAGUGGUUGAACAAACUUUUGAUAGAAGUUUGGCCCAACUACAUGGAACCGAAACUGUCAAGGAAGUUUCAGUCUACUGUUGAGAGACGUUUAAAAAAUCGAAGACCAAAACUGAUAGACAAAAUAGAAUUACAGGAAUUCUCACUUGGUUCUUGUCCACCUACCUUGGGAAGUCAGGGCAUGCGCUGGAUGACUUCAGGUGACCAGCAAGUCAUGACCUUGGGUUUUGAUUGGGAUAGCCACGAGAUGAGUGUAAUGUUCUUGGCAAAAUUAGCAAAUCCACUAAUUGGCACUGCUCGCAUUGUUGUAAACAGCAUCCACAUCAAGGGAGAUCUUCUACUGAGCCCCAUCCUUGAUGGUGAAGCUAUUCUCUAUUCUUUUGAAUCAACUCCAGAAGUCAGGAUAGGAGUAGCAUUUGGAAGUGGUGGAAGCCAAGCAGUUCCUGGAAUGGAGUUACCGGGCGUCUCAACAUGGCUGGUAAAGCUUUUGACUGAAACCAUAGGGAAGACAAUGGUUGAGCCUCGCCGUCUCUGUUUUUCUUUGCCACCGGUAGAUCUAAAGAAACAAGCAGUUGGCGGUGUUCUUUCGGUUACUGUUGUAUCAGCUAGUAAUCUUCGCAGAAAGGGCACAACCAAUGAGUUAGGGAAGCGCCAAAGCUCAAGUGGAAGCAAUGCAUGUUUGAUUUUUGAUAACAAGGUAGCACAUGCAUUUAUUGAAGUAGAAGUUGGCAACUUGAUGAGAAAAACAAAUACUUGUGAGGGUCCAAAUCCAACAUGGAAUAGCACAUUUAACAUGGUACUGCACGGAGAGACAGGUGUUGUCAAGUUUAAUCUGUAUGAACUGGAUUCUGGUGGUGUUAAAUUCAAUUACCUGACAAGUUGCGAGAUAAAGGUCAAGUAUGUUUUAGAUGGUUCAACGAUAUUUUGGGCUAUAGGACAUAAUUCUGGUGUGGUCGCAAGGCAUGCUGAGCAUUGUGGGAAAGAAGUUGGAAUGGUGGUUCCAUUUGAGGAUAUCACAGGCGAGUUAACUGUCAGCCUUGUGCUAAAAGAAUGGCAAUUCACUGAUGGGUCAGUUACAUUGAGCAAUUCUCUGAGCAACGGAUUUCAGUCUUCUCCUGAUCGAUCCCCUAAGCUUCAAUCUAGGACAGGAAGGAUGCUCAGAGUCAAAGUAGUGGAGGGUAGGGCCCUUGCAGUAAAUAGUAAAUCUGGAAAGUGUGAUCCUUAUGUGAAGCUCCAGUAUGGAAAGGCUCUAUACAAAACAAAGACACUCUCCCAGACAGUUCGACCAGUUUGGAAUGACAAGUUUGAGUUUGAUGAGCUUGCUGGUGGUGAAUAUCUGAAGAUCAAAUGCUAUAAUUCAGAUACGUUUGGUGAUGAUAGCAUUGGUAGUGCAAGAGUAAAUUUGGAGGGCCUUUUAUAUGGUGCUAGCCGAGAUGUCUGGGUCCCACUUGAAAAAGUAGAUUCAGGAGAGAUCAGGCUUGAAAUAGAGCCAAUACAAAAUGAUCAGAACGACAGUCUGAAGAGAUCAAGCAGUAAAGUUGAAGCCGGCUGGCUUGAGCUCGUAGUAAUUGAAGCCAGGGAUCUUGUUGCUGCUGAUCUGAGAGGAACUAGUGAUCCUUAUGUCAGGGUGCAGUAUGGGAACAAGAAGCAGCGAACCAAGGUCAUUUACAAGACACUGUCUCCAUACUGGAACCAGACAUUUGAGUUUGCGGAAACCGGAGAGCCCCUGAUCUUGCAUGUCAAGGACCACAACGCGGUCCUUCCAACCGCCAGCAUAGGCAACUGCGCCGUCGAGUACAGCAUGCUUCUCCCGAAUCAACCCGCUGAUAAAUGGAUACCGCUCCAAGGUGUGCGGAGCGGAGAGAUCCAUGUGAAGAUCGCGCGGAGAGUCACGGACCCGAAAAGGAAAGCCAGCUUACAGACAGCUGCAUCCGCCCUUGGCAAAGGACACAAGAUAUCAGCACAGAUGAGAGACAGCCUGAAGAAAUGUGCGGGUCUGGUCGACGAGGGGGGCGACGCGGAGGCGGUGUCGCUGGCCUUGACGGAGGUGGAGGGCGUCCAGGACGAGCAGGAGCUGUACAUACAGCAGCUGGAGCGGGAGAAGGCCGUGCUGCUGAGUAAGAUACACGAGCUUGGUUCUGAAAUCAUCAGGACAUCCUCUGGUCCUGCAAGGACGCCCUUCUAGUUUAGAUUCAACAGCUAAAACUCCACGAGCGAGAUGGCAAAGCUUAAGCCCUUCUUUUUUGUCGGUCAAGCCUUAAUUAUUUCACGUCCGUAGGAUAUAUAUACGUGCUUGUAAGUAAGUAAGUACAGUAGAUGGAGAAACUAUCACUCGAAAACGCCCGGCCUUGAAGUUGUAAAAACAAAUUCCAUGAAAAUGGGUUGUAACACUGCAUAAAAGGUUCUCAAACAAUAUUUUGUCAUCAGGGUUUCAGUUGUGAAACAUGAACAGGAGUAUUUGCGGA